AUAGUGCACGGAGAGGCGACUAUGUGGAUAAGAGGACGGGGUAACGUUAGAGUUUUGGAGAGAUUUCUUUGACAGGCGACGUCGCUCUCGCAGUAACAGCGGGCAAGCUGCGAACAGGAGUUGUCGCAUCAGGAAAUAGUUGGUCACCUGGAAUUAGUCUAAUUUCAGUUGGAACAACGAGUUCGAGGCGGAUGAGGGGAGCCCCCCGGGAGGGCAAGUGUGUGCUGUGGCGGGGUCCUCCUGCUAGCGAAAGAUGAACAAAAACCACCGAGUGCCGAGCAACCGAACUCUAAGCACCGUGGAGGUGAAGAGCAAGUUUGGAGCAGAGUUCCGGCGCUUUUCUCUGGACCGGUCCAAGCCCGGCAAGUUUGAUGAGUUCUACGGACUCCUGCAGCACGUCCACCGCAUUCCCAAUGUGGACUUGCUGGUGGGCUACGCGGACGUGCACGGAGACCUCCUCCCCAUCAACAACGAUGACAACUACCACAAGGCCAUCUCUACAGCGACACCUAUGCUACGCCUCUUCCUACAGAGGCAAGAGGAGGCCGACUACUCGGCGUUUGGCACCGACUCCCUGACGCGGAAGAAGACGCCGGCGGUGCUGGCGGCGGUGCUCCUGCGGCCCGAGGCCAGCCGCAAGAAGCCGCCCAUCAUCAUCAGCCUGCCGCGCGACUUCCGGCCCGUCUCGUCCAUCAUCGACGUGGACAUCCUGCCCGAGACGCACCGGCGCGUGCGCCUCUACAAGCACGGCCAGGAGAAGCCGCUGGGCUUCUACAUCCGCGACGGCUCCAGCGUGCGCGUCACGCCCCAGGGCCUGGAGAAGGUGCCGGGCAUCUUCAUCUCCCGCCUGGUGCCCGGCGGCCUGGCCGAGAGCACCGGCCUGCUGGCCGUCAACGACGAGGUGCUGGAGGUCAACGGCAUCGAGGUGGCCGGCAAGUCGCUGGACCAAGUGACGGACAUGAUGAUCGCCAACAGCCACAACCUGAUCGUGACGGUCAAGCCGGCCAACCAGCGCAACAACGUGGUGCGCCACAGCAACAACAGCGGCAGCGGCAGCGGAGGGGUCACCUCGGGCAGCUCGGGCCGCUCCACGGACAGCGGCGCCAGCUUCUACGGCUACUCGACGCCCGGAGCCGCUGCCGCCGCCAUGACGCCCACGCACAUCAUCCAGAACUUCCGCUCGGAGGAGCUGGAGAGCGACGAGGACGAUGAGGACCUGGUGAUCGAGGCGGGCGGCGAGGCCCAGCCCAUCCCCACGGCGAUGCCCAUGUCGGUGGGGCCGGUGGCCAGCUGCAGCAUGCCCUCGCUGCCCCGCUACGAGCCGCACCUGAACCUGCGGCCGUCCAACGGCGCCAUGUCCAGCAGCGGCAGCGCCGGCUCCCUGAGCACACCGGACCGAGGUCUGGACAGGAGGAGCCUAGAGGAGGACGGCACAGUCAUCACACUGUAGAAACAGAGAAACACACACACACACACACACACACACACAUUCACACACCGCAUGCACACUCACACAUGCACGCAGACCAAUUCAUAAAAACACCUGUAACACACCAUUCACAUUCAUGCGUAUACAGAAAUUGCUCUCUGUUCUCUGCUCUUCAAACACUGCAUUAAUUGAUGGUUGAAUUGUUUGGACUGCACAUGACGCGGGACCCAGUCUUUAUGAUUACAUACAUGUUCUUAACUCAGUUAGUCACAUGUGCUCAUAUACACUUCACUACAGACACACACACACACACACACACACACACACACACACACACACACACAAAUACUUGUAAUGUGUGCCAUAGGACUGAUGAUGCCUGUCUUUACACUGUGUGGCUCAUGGACAUUUUGUCCCCCCAUAGUGACCCUGUAGCUUAGGAAAGGCCCACUGGUACUAGCACUUGUGUUUAUUUAUGUGGAACGAGACGGUCCACUACGGUUCUUCCACAAGAGGGCAGUAAAAUGGCUCCCUCUGCACUUUGGGUACAAUGAUGGACGAUGUUAAACAGAGAGAGAGAGAGAGAAUGCACAUGAGUGUGAGUGCACAUAUCUGCAGGACUCCCCUUGCAUCUAAAAACAACGAUGGAAAAGGACAGAUAUUCUGGGCACGAUGACUUUGUGACAAUCUGCGGUCAGCAUUUCAGACUAACACCCCGCUUCUCUGGAAGUCAUCGGAAUAAUAGGUGCAUCAUGAACAAAAAUCAGUUCCUGGCUCCCAAUGUAUGUGAGUUACCAUAGCAACUGGCAAAGCGCAUUGUUUGCAAUGAAGCUGUGGAGUUGGGAAGGAGAGCAACCAACACUGGCCCUUUAUCUCCCUCCCUCCAGCGCUGGAGUCCAUAGCCACUCAGAACAUGUCUCUUACCCUUACUCUAAUGGAGCAUGUUUUACUGGAGAUUGUACAUUUUAUUUUCUCUCUUCCAAAUCAGCAAACGUAUGAUUUUUUGUUUUUGUUUGUGUCUGUUUGUCGUUGUUUUUGUUUGAAUAACCUUUUGUCCCUAUGGGAGUUAAAUGAAUAAGGAGAUGUAGUCUGUGCGGACUCUGAAAGGUACGAUUUGGUUAUUU